AUGAAUAAUAAAUUUCGGAAAUUAUUUCCUAUUUUUAUCCACCAAAAAAACUUAGUUUAUCUAGACAGUUCAGGCACUAGUUUAAAACCUAAAACUGUUAUUCAAGCCAUUAGCAAUUAUUACGAAAAAUAUUCAAUCAAUACUCAUAGUGAAGGGAGUAGUUUUUUAGCCCAAGCAGUCCGCCAAAUUAUUCACCAAACUCGGCAACUAAUUGCCCAAAGAAUUAACGGAACAAAGGAAGAAGUAGUGAUUUUUCCCUCCACUACUUAUUCACUAAACAUUCUAGCCUUAUCACUGAAAAAUUAUUUGCAACGAGGAGACAAAAUUUUUUUAACUCAUUUAGAACAUAGUUCUAAUUGUUAUCCUUGGCAAGCCAUUGCUCAGAAAAAAGGAGCCCAAGUAGAUUUUUUACCACUAACUAAAAAUUUCAUAAUUGAUAUUGAUAAGUUAGAGAAUUACAUUGAUAAAAAGACUAAAAUAGUUAGUUUUUCCCAUAUGAGUAAUAGCCUCGGAGUAAUUAAUCCGGUAGCAAAAAUCACGCAAAAAAUUAAAGAAAUAAAUCCUAAUUGUCUAGUAAUAAUUGAUGCUUGCCAAAGAGGGGGGAAAAAAAAGAGUCCUAAGGAAAAAUCAAAUUAUGUUCUGCCCUUGGCUCAAAAGUUUGAAGUAGGUACUUUGCCCCUGGCUCAGAUUUUUGGUUUGCAAGCCAGUUUUGAAUUUCUUAAUAAUUUAGAUAUUAAAGAAGUCUCUAAUUAUGAAAAAGAGUUAAAAAAUUACGCGAUCAGUGAAUUAAAAAAAUUAGAAAAAAUAACCAUCUAUAAUAAAGAUUUGGAAACUAUUGACAUUGUUCUUUUUAACUUACAAGGCUAUCACGCUCAUGAUGUAGUUGAAUAUUUAGGGAAAAAUAACAUUUUAGUGCGAGGGGGGAAUUUCUGCUGCCCUUAUUUAAAAGAAUUAAUUGGAGUAGAAAGCGCUAUCCGAAUUUCUCUUUUUAUUUAUAAUACUAAGGAUGAUCUAGAUAAAUUAGUUCACUCCUUAAAAAACAUCAUUAAAAAACCAGAAUUAUUAAUGGAUAACAAAAAAUAUAAAGACACUCUUCUAUUACCGAAAACUUCUUUGCCACUAAAAAAUUUUCAUCCGACCGAGACCGAAAAAAAGUUCCGUCCACCUUACGCUAACGGCAAACUUCACAUUGGACAUUUUUUAAACUUUACAAUUAAAGAUAUUAUUGUCCGUUUUCAAGCGAGUCAGGGAAGAUACACUCCUUUUUUACUAGAACAGGUUCAAAUCCAAAAAGAACAGUUAAAAAAAUUAGGACUUUUUACUGAUUUUGAAAAAUAUUAUAUUACCUUAGAUAAAGAAUAUGAAGCCGAACAAAUCCGAGUUUUUGGCGAAAUGGUGAAAAAGGGCCUAAUUUACCAAGGAUUUCGACCAAUUUACUGGUCUUGCGGACAUGAAACCGCCUUGGCUGAAGCAGAAAUAGAAUAUUACGAAAAAAAAGAUACUUCUCUUUAUUUUAAAAUUAAGUUAGCAGAAAGAGGAAAAUUAAAAGUAGAAAAAACAUUUUUAGGAGAGAAAUUAUUAGGAAUAAAAUAUUUUCAUCCUUAUCAGAAAGAUAUUAAAAGAUAUAUUGUUGAUGGCAGUGAUUUUAUUGAGGAAGGAGAAGGAACUGGUAUUGUUCACUUAGCUCCGGCUUUUGGUGCUGAGGAUUUUGCGAUAGCAAAAAAGGAAAAAUUGGCUAUUGAAUGCCCUCUAGAGCCUAAUGGAAUAUUUAAUGAAAAAAUUAGAGUUUCAGAAUUAGUUGGAGUUCCGAUUCCAGUUUUAUACCAAGAUGAUAAACCUAUCCUCGAAUCAAAAAUUAUUGAUUAUAUUGCUGAUUUAAUAUCAGAAAAAGGCUCAAAAAGUUAUUUUAAUGGAGAGAUUUUACAGCUUUCACAACAAAAAUUUCCGCAAUUGAUAAAUGAAAAAACAAUUUUAGGACAAGACACUAUGGAUGUUUGGUUUGAUAGUGGAGUUUCUCAUUG